AGGUCUGGCUCUGCCCACCCUGGGGGUGGCAAGAAGGGAAACGCCUUUCCCUUGCUUGGAGGAAAAUGAAAGCAGCCGCUGUCUUGCAGCUCACAUUGGGGGCCCCAUGGCUGCGCCAAGCCCCACCGCGGAGCUCCCCAGCGAAGCCUCCUGCCCCAUCUGCCUGGAGUAUUUCCGAGACCCCGUCUCCAUCCACUGCGGUCAUAACUUCUGCCGGGCGUGCAUUACCCGCUGCUGGGAGUGGUCCACGGCGAAUUUCUCCUGCCCGCAGUGCCGGGAGACGGCACCAGAGAGAAACUUUCGGCCCAGCCGAGAGCUGGCACGGGUGCUCGAAAUAGCCAAGCGGUUGAGUUUGCAGGCAGCCAGAGGGGAGACGGUUGAGGAGGAAGGAUGCGAGAGGCACCGGGAGCCUCUGAAAGUCUUCUGCAAAGACGAUGAAGCCUUCAUCUGCGUGGUCUGCCGAGAGUCCCGAGCUCACCGGGCUCACACGAUGCUUCCUGUGCAGGAUGCUGUCCAGGAAUACAAGGGACAAAUCCAGGCUCAUCUGCAAGCCCUGAAGGAAGACAGAGACAAACUCCUGGGGUUUCGAGAGGUUGAAAUGAGGAGAAGCUGGGAGUACUUGGAGAAGACUGAAGCCGAGCGGCAGAGGGUCUUCUCCAAGUUUGAAGGGUUGCGUCUCUUCCUGGAGGACCAUGCCCGUCAUCUGCUGGCUCAAGUGGGGGACCUGGAGAGGGACAUUGAGAAAAUGCAGGAAGAAAACAUUACGAGUCUGACGAAGGAGAUCUCUCGUCUGGAUACCUUGAUCCAGGAGAUGGAGGAGAAGUGUCAGCAACCAGCAAGCAAAUUUCUGCAGGACAUCAGAGGCACCUUGAGCAGGUUUGAAAAGGAAAAUUUCCAGCAGCCUCCGUUGCUUCUUCCAGAGCUGGAAAAGAAAAUCAGUCACUUCAGGGAGAAAAAUAUGGCUCUAGAGGAGACUCUGAGGAGCUUCCAAGACAUCCUGAUGUUUGAGCUGCCUGAAAAGAUGAAGGUAAACCUGGAUCCAUCCACGGCUCACCCCCAGCUCGUCGUGUCUGCGGACGGGAGGAGCGUGAGGUGGGAAGAUGCCCAGCAGGACCCAUCCGCUGAGGGGUUUGGCACCGAUCCCUGCGUGCUGGGCUGCGAGGGCAUCACCUCGGGGAGAUGCUGCUGGGAGGUGGAGGUGACACCCAAAGGCUCCUGGGCUGUGGGGGUGGCCAGGGAGUCCCUGAAGAGGAGGACAGAGACCGCUGUGAGCCCGGAGAUGGAGCUCUGGUCUAUGGGUCUCUGUGAGGGUCAGUUUUGGGCUCUCACCUCCCUUGAGCGUAUCCCGCUAUACCAGAUCCAGGUCCCCAGAAGGGUCCGGGUCUCCCUGGACUAUGAGAAGGGUCAGGUGGCAUUUUUUGAUGCUGAUAAGAGAGCCCUGAUCUUCACUUUUGCAGCAGCUUCAUUUAAAGGGGAGAGUAUUCAUCCCUGGUUCCUGGUGUGGAGCAAGGGCUCCCAGAUCAUAUUGUGUCCCUGAAGCUGUCCCUUCUUACCCAGACACAAGCUUUAUGUCCCCAACAUCCCUAUUUCCAGCACUUUGGAGAACUUCUGUCUACUAAAUUCCUAGUUGGCCUUUCUGGCCUCUCUUCCCAUCCUCAGUGAUCACAAAGGGUUGAGCAUCCCUGUGGGUCAGCAUCCCAAAUGGUCAUCCCCAAACUGGGACAUCAAUGGCUGACAAAUGGAACUACAUGUGCCCCACAGCAUC